UUUUUAUUGCUCUCAUUUGUCAUGUUACAGCCUUCUCUUAUUAUGUCCCGACAUUCCUGGAGAAAUUACUACAAUUACUUUUUACUUCCGGGUUGCGCGCUAUCAGCAGUUCAUUUAUCAAGCUAAUGUGAGCUAGCCGCCUUUUUGUUAACGUCAUUAGUUUAUUUAAGAAGAAACCGGAGCUCUUUCGUCUGGAAACUUCACAACAACAACUCAGGUCAUUUUUACUCCAUAAAGCCACAAUGCAUGGACGAUGAUAGUGACGUCUCAAACAAGGGAUGUGGAUGGGAAAGUCAACACCAAAAGCUAAUUUCAAUUACACGUCAUCCCUUGACAGCUCCCUGAAGAGGCCUCACUGUUGCUUUUUCACCACAUAAUCCAUCAUGUCAUUACCAAAGGAGUCAGGGAACCGAGGGAAAGAUCGAGAGAGGGGGGCCCGUCCCAAGGUGAGACAGAGCCGCUCAGAGGAGAGGCGAGAUGCAGGCAGUGGACGGAAAGGUGGAAAGGGGAAGAAAAAAGGCCUUGCUUCCCAGGAUCCAGCAGCUGAGAGGCCCGUCAGUGAUGGCUUUGAGUAUGGUGAGUUGUUGAGUGACCUCGAGACAAGGGACCAAUCUUCCUCCUCUCCCCUGAAGGAGACUUGGAGAUGGCAGGGCUUGGAAGCCGCUGCCUCAUUACUAGGACAAGAGCGAGUAAUAGCCAAGCCAGGACUGGGAACAGUUAGCUCUGGUACAGAGUCACCUGCAUCCAGUGAUGGCGAGGGCAGAGGGUCAAGCAGCAGUCGCACUCUCCGGCAAAAAAUCCAAGAUGCAAUGGGGCAGUGUUUCCCAAUAAAGACACACAGUGCGGCGACACCAGCGCCAUCUCCACAGGCUCUUUCGUCAUCCACUGCUUGUGCCUCCUCGAGGCGCAAGAUCCAUCUCAGUGAGCUGAUGUUGGAUGACUGCCCUUUCCCUGUAGGAUCAGAGCUGGCUCAGAAGUGGUAUCUCAUUAAGCAACACACGGCCCCCAUUACCCAGCCUCCCAUUCUUGAUUCUGCAGUAGUGUGUAGCGCCCCUACUCCAGCAAUGGCCACCGUGGUGGAGGACGUUGAUGACAGGUUGCGAGAGCGCAGGCGCAUCAGUAUCGAACAAGGUGUUGAGCCACCACCCAAUGCAGAGAUCCACACAUUCGAGGUGACGGCCCAAAUUAACCCUCUCUACAAGCACGGCCCGAAGCUGGCUCAUGGUAUGAAUGAGUUAUCCGGGGCUGACAGAGCCUCCGCUCAUCAACAACAGCAGCUUCUCCUCCAAAGACAGCAGCAGCACCAGCUCCUUCUACAGAGCUGUUUGGACACUCUGGAUGAAGUGGUGGCCUCAGCAUCAGCCUCUGUCCACACCGGUGAUAUCAUCCCCGACACUCUGGUUGACCCAGAGGUUACAGCGACCAACGUGCCCUCUAGAGCCGUAGUUCCUCCGACUGAGCAUCCCAAAUCUCACGACGGCUACCGCAUCCACACUCAGAUUGAUUACAUUCACUGUUUAGUUCCAGACCUGCUGCAGAUCACCAACCUCCCGUGUUACUGGGGGGUGAUGGACCGCUACGAGGCAGAGACGCUGCUGGAGGGAAAGCCCGAAGGCACCUUCCUUCUACGUGACUCCGCCCAGGAGGACUACCUCUUCUCAGUUAGCUUCCGCCGCUACUGCCGCUCGCUACAUGCACGCAUUGAACAGUGGAACCACAACUUUAGCUUCGACGUGCACGACCCCAGUGUCUUCCAUGCGCCCACGGUGACGGGACUGCUGGAGCACUACAAGGACCCCAACUCCUGUAUGUUCUUCGAGCCCCUGCUGUCUAACCCCAUCCAUCGCACACAGCCCUUCUCCCUGCAGCACAUCUGCCGAGCAGUCAUAAGCAGCUGCACCACCUAUGAUGGCAUUAACAUGCUUCCCAUUCCAAAUGCUUUGAAAAAGCACCUGAAAGAAUACCACUAUAAGCAGAGAGUACGUGUACGGCGAAUGGACACCUGGUGGGAAUGAAGGACAACAAAAAAAUACAGACUAAAAUUGACUACUACAUACAGUUUUAACACUCACUGAACUGAACAAUGAGUCUUGUUCCUCACUCCAACUGGUUGUAUUAACCUACACUACAAUGUACUUAUUUAUUUUAUUCCUGCUGUACACGUCUUAACACUAAACAACACUGAUGAGACAUUAUGUAAUCUCACUGAUCUUGCACACUCAAAGUUCUUUAUGCUCAAAUUAAACAAACUUAUUUAGAUCUGUGGUGUUCAGAGAACUACCCUCACUCAGCCUCUGUGUUUUCAAGUGUGACUAAAUCAGCUUAAUUAUCUGACGAUGGGGGAAAGUGUCCUAGUGUGAAUCAAGAUGAUUAUAAUAGAGAUGUUCAUCAGUCACGUGCUGAGAAGGUGGAGUACAUACUGACAAGGUUUUUCUCCGUGCUACUGAGGUGUGGGAGUGCAGCACGUAUGCAGAAUAAAUCAUUGUUUCCCACAUGAUCCCACAGUUCAUUAAAAGGGGUGAGAGGUAGGCAUAUAUGCUGCUUGUUAUUACUGAAAAGUAGAAGCUUGCUCUAAAAUAGAUAAUUGUCACACAUUGAAAGUACAAUUACGUGCACAUCAGUUUCCGGUGGUGGUGUUAGAUGUAGGGAAACAUGCAAAUGAUGAUUUUGCACAACUGGCAUUAAAUGAAUCAUAUGCUCAGAUUCUGCAGCUGCUUUGUUUUCACGUUACAUGAUGUCACCUCCUGCAGUUUCUCCUUUGAGGUUAAAACACAUGCAGACAGUGCCAGCGGUCUUCUUACUUUAAAAGUAAAGGAUCAAGUGUGGCCUUCAUGACCUUCUCAGCAGUAGGUGAAGCAGCUGUAUUAGAAUACAAAUGAUAAAGCCCAGAUGUUUAUGGAUAUUAUUUCACUCAAAAUCUGACUGUUGCAUUGCCCAUUUCCAAAUGUAGUCAUUCAGUCAGUCCAGAGGUUUGGUCAGGUCUUUUUGAAUUAGCAUUUAAUUAUUGUGUAAAAACCCAGAUCCUUAAAGAAGAAAAAGAUUUCCGUUGCUGUAUUUCCUGCUGUGCAUUUCCUGCUGUGUAUUUUAAAGAGGUGGGGAGUCGACACACUAAUCUUCCAUUCCAGCAGUUCAUUGACGAAAUUACCACAGUGAAUUAGCGCUGAUGAAUCUUAAUUAACAAAGAGAAUGAUGGGAGAAAUUAUGUGUUUUGAACAUUUUUCCGGAUCUUGACAUUAAGUCAGUUACGGAGACAAAAAAUCUACAAGCUCUGCGAAGAGGGAAUCAAUCUGAAGCUAAAAACCUAAAGGCACUGAGGAGAGGUAAAGCUCAAAAUACAACCUAAGUCAAGAUGAAAUUCUUACAGUUCAGCAAAAUAUGAAAAAUAAAUCAGCUAAAAAUAUAUGUCAGACUCCCAUUUCACAGUCUCACCAAUAGACUGCACUUUCUUGGGCCAUAUGUGUCAUGUUGAGCAAAUACAAAGAUAAAAUAUGCAUUUUUUAUAUUUAAAUACUAAAAUGUACACCUUUUUAGAACCAUGCUAUCUGUGGACAUUGCCAAAGUCAUAUCAAUCUAUUAAAUGGCAGAAAUAUCUGCAUAUUUGAUCGUACAGAUACAACACAAUGUCACCACAACAACAGAAAGAAAGUAAAGGGCAUUUCAUGCUAGACUGCCUUUCCUUUGCCCUUUUAUCUGCGACUUAUUCAAAGAUUAAUUACUAAAUUUACCUAUGCAGCAGAGUCAUUUACUGCUGUGUGUGUGAACAGCAUUUUGCAUUAAUAAAAAACACACAAGAGAGACCACACCGCUAAUUGUUGUGUGCACGAAGUAAUAAUCACAAAAGACAACCAUCCCGGUGUUAAUGGGGGAAAGCAUGGAGAAUGGAUCCCUGAUCAUCUUCUGAAGCACUGCGAUGCUGUUUUCUCCUUGAGAUGGGCGAUUUGAUAUGCAGAAUGCAAAUCAUCCAUGACAAGCACUCAUCCACUAAUGAAGCAGCUAUAAUUUAAACAGCGCUUCCAAGGCAGCAUUAAAGUCUGCAUUCGAAAUGCAAAGUCAGGACCUUUGACCUUUGUAUACCUAAUUAAGUCACUUUAAAAACUGAACUAUAAAAACCAGAUUUUCUGUUUUGAAAGACAUUUGACCUGUCGCGCAUACACAAGUGAGGUCUGCACUGUGAAGCCUCGACACGAGCUAUUUCAGACCCUUGACAGCUCAAGGCUUUUGUCUUUUAUUCCCCAGCACAAGGCUCUGCAAUCUGGUAUGCCUGGCAGAUAAGAUCCAAUAAGUGUGUCUGUGUCUGGACCACAUUUUAAGACUUUAAACUCUUGAUUCUACAAGUCCCAUAGUUUCCAAUACUUUCCCUAAAAAGGAGCAAACAUAUUCAUCUGGAAUUUUUUGUGUGAUUUGGCACUUCCACUGAGCAAUUUACAGUUAUUUGCCAGUGUAGGUUGCAGAGUUUCAGAGCACAGCAGGUCAUCUGGACAUGCAAAAAUGUUAUAUUUUUUCAGGGGGAAGUGUACAAUUUGAUGUGUCCAAUUAUGAAUAAUUAAUGUACAUAUAUUACAUUGUGUAUAACUAGCAUUCCUCUGCAAAUCCUCAGCUGCUUUUAAACUUGAUGCAACUACCUAACCUGUCGGAUUCUGUGCUUCUGUUUGCCCUGUGCCUAGGACUAAAGUACAAAUGUCUCUCCAGGAAAUAUCCUAGGUUGUAAUUAGGAAAUUACACACUUGUAAGAUAAAGCUUCAUCAAUUUAAUAUGCAGCCAUAAUUAUGCACAUUAUAUCUACAUAACACCACGUACAGAUAAAUAGUUUUUCCAUACAAUACAGGGUAUCCACUCGUGCGGUAUUACAUAAUGCACAGCAGGUGGCUGCAAAGAGCUUCAGUGUGUUCUACCCCGGCUGUUCUCAGGCCUGUGUGUUCUCCGUGUGUGGUGCAUUGAGAUGGUGGGAUUGAGUGUGGCUGCUGCAGCUGGCAGCACUGUGGCACUCAUCAAGCAGGUAUUACAGGUCCUGGGGGGGGGGAGAGAAGAGGACUUUUCUUUGCCUGGAUCAGCGGGCCCAGAGGGACCGCAUGCUCAAGCAAAGCAGAAAGCUGAUUGGCUACACAUACUUAGUGUGUUUGUGCCUGUUUGGGCCUCUUUUUUCCCUUUCCUUCCAUUGAGGGAAGAGCUUUUACGCUGAGCUUAAUCUCUACAGUCGAGCAUCACGGGGGUGGAGAAUAAGAUUGGAAUGUGCAGAACACCUGGGGACAGUUACUUACCCAAAUAAUCUGCUGAACAUAAUCUAACAAUUGCCCUAAAAGGGCUCCGUGUGGCACAGACUUGGCUUAUUUGACUGAAAAUGUGCACAGCGAGUGACUCUUUUUUGUAGGUCUAUGCUUUUUGCUGCUGUAUCUAGAGCUAUAUAGAUUGUGAACUAAACUACCAUGAGAUGCAGCAUGUAUCUAGGCCAUUAAUUCAGAAGAGGGUGCAUCAAACUGAUUUCAGAUUUUUGCAUGAUGCAUAAGGCUAAACACGAUUCUUUUCCACCCAGAGAGCGGGAAUACAUUUCUGUGACAGGAAACACUGCAGCCGAAAGAGAGAAAGAGAGAGGGAGGUAUUUUUGGUCAGCAAAUGAAUCCAGUUAAAUUUCAACCUUGAACAUGAAUAGGAACAUUUUUUGCCUAUUUUGAGUCACACCUUUUCAAACAGAGCACCUCAUGUCAAAACCAAGUAAGUAAUUCCAGAGUUAUUAAAGUUUCAGUUCUUAAAAGUCUCACAAUUCCCCCCCUAGGAGGUACAUUGUCACACAGUGACACGCUUACGUUUGAUGUUUGUUUCCCUAGAAGCAAGCCUUUGACAACACAAUAUUUCCUUUCCUUCCUAUUUAAAAUCCAAAUGCACUCCCGUUCUCUCAGGCAUGCGGGAACUCACGUGAGGCCUUUGCAACAGAAAAAACAGCAGUAUUCUAAUUUGGAGCUGCUUGUGUUUGUCCUGCACACGCUCUUGCUGCCUCUGUAUGUUGCUCUGCUCUGCUCUGACAGGUUGUUGAUAGAAUAAUGGGGGUGUUGGGCAUGCUACAAUGUGGAUACUACACAGAUUGAUGGGAUUGCAGUGUAAAUUACACACAGCAGCCCAUAUCCUAGGCUUUAACCCAUGAAGUCAUUAACCAGCAGCCUGGAAAUAAUAAAGUGAUACACCAUGGACAGAUGAAGAUAUGUGGUUGUAUAUGAAGCUUUGCAAAUUAACAUGUCCUACAAUUUGAUGUCAGAAUGGAGGUGUGUAUCGUAAUGUGUUUGCACAAAUGGACUGUAAUGGAUCUACAGAUAACACAGAUAUAAUUAUAGAUAAGCAUUGUUUAUGUGAGGAGAACAGUUAAUUAUAAUAACCCUUCACAAUGACGACUAAAAAGGCCCAUGCAUCAUUGAUAAAAGGCAGGGGAAAAUGUGUAAUUGCAGAAAUGAUAUAUCGAAUUGCAUAACUCCUGCUCUCUGUGACUAAUUAUGCUCUCGCAUGAUAGUUGCAAUGACCAGUGUGUUACAACAGAAAAGUACAAAUGAGAAAGGAAUGUGGAGACCUUGCCAGCAUUAGCAAGAGUCAUUCCUCACAACGGGCACCUUUUAAACCCAGUGAUACUUUAAAGUUGUCGUUGUCAGUUCUUUUACGUUUUUGUCACAGAGUGGAUUCAUUUCAUUUGCAGGGGAACAUGUUGGUGGAGCUCAGGCAAUGCAGUUAUCUGUAAUCAAAUCACACAAACCAGAACUUGAAUCAGCUCUGUGGUCUGCUAGUUGUUUGAUGACCUGCCUUUGUACCUUAUUAAAGUGAGUGCAUUUUAUUUGG